CAACAGCGAUUUCUCAUUUCUUUCUUUUUCACCCCAUCUCUUCUCUUUGGCUCUUUGUCCCUUGCCGUUUUUCUUUUUUUUUUCUUGUUACUUGUUUCUAGUUCUUCGGUUUCUCGCUAUUUUCCAUCAUGCAAACUACUGAAGCUGUACUAUCAAUCAAAGACGCCGCAGGAAGACAAAUUAAUCUUUUGAACGAUUCGCAUCCUCCUUCAGCGAACAAUGUGCCAAUUGUAGGAAGACGCAAGUAUCAUUGUCUUGAACCCGGUUGCAACAAGAGCUUCACCACGAGUGGCCACCUUGCACGACAUAACCGUAUUCACACCGGCGAAAAAAAUUUCCAAUGCCUGCACCCGGGUUGCCCGUCCCGAUUUUCUCGUCAGGAUAAUAUGAUGCAACACUAUCGAACUCAUUUAUCACCAAAGUCCCGUAAACAUCACGCUCAACAACAACAGCAGCAACAACAACAAAAUCAUCAUCAACAACAGCAACAGCCACUGUCAUCCUAUGCAUUAUCGAAUCGUAAAAUCGGCAAAGGUCUCGUUUCCACCGGACUUCAUCCGAGAUCCGAGACAAUGGCCACCAUUCAAACCCGAACCAGAAGAGCCAUGACUUUACCUUCGUCAUUCGAUCCGUAUCCCGUUCGUCCAUAUCCCUCGCGGUGUGACAAUUAUUCUCCCUUGAAUAAUUCAUGCUGCUCAUCACCUACAAGUUCCCCUACUCUCAUGGAAGGGGGCGAUUUUCAUUAUGCCACCCACCGCAUUACGCCAGAGACAUUGACAUUACCCAAGCCCAAAGCUAUGGAGAUCACAAACCAACCUCCCCGCAUGGUCGUGCGACCUCAACGAGCCCUGUCUACAUCUUCCAUUUCGUCCUAUUCUUCGAGUGGCAGUUCUUUUUUCCCAUCCCCUCUGUUGCAAGCCCAUGCUCCAACCUGGCCACAGCAGCAUCAGCAGCAGCAAGAUGUCCCUAUUUAUCCUUCGUCGAUGUUUAAACCUUCGCAGCCAUCUCCGGCUCCAAAGCACCCUUCCGAAUUUACGCCCAUACCAUCGAUUCACGAUCUUUUGCAAUUGGCCACCGUUGUCAGCACCUUUGGUUAAUCGCGUCCGUGAUGUUUUUUUCUCACUUUUUAUCGAUCGUUAUCUUUGCUUUCUUCUUUUUCUUUUUCCUUAUGUGAUCCAUUUCUGGCUCCAUCCUCAUUGUCAUUCAUUCUCAGUUACGUAUGCGGCCGUUCUCACUACUCCAACCCAAAAAAAAAAAAAAAAAAAAAAA